AUGACCACGGAUCUCCCUCAUAUGAGGGAACUCGAGCCGGUUAGUCAUGAGGCUGCGUGGGGCGUCCCUAGAAGAUUUGAUCAUGCAAGCAAGAAGGAUAUGUUACGACGUCAUCGGUCUGGCCGAGACAAGAAGACGCCAGCCUUCAACGCCGUCUAUGACACCGAAGAGCUGUUCCUCGGGACAUGUGACAGAAGAGGAGUCUGCGGCGCUGGUAUUCUCGUCAACACGAGUUCGUCCAUAAACACCGAUUCACUCGAAAAACUUACGACCGAAUCGGACGUUUACGAUUAA